CACACUAUACCCAUUUACUCUCUCUCUCUCUCCUCUACUCAAAUAUAAAAAUGGUAAUUUGGCAUAGGGAAUUGUGAAUUGAUGAUGAUGAUGAUGAUCCAGAUCUCACACUGUUUUUCUUCUUCUAUAAACAAAACCAUGGGGUUUCCAACUCUUUUACAUUCCCAAGCAAAAUAAAACACAACUCCCUUCCUCUCUCUCUCUCUCUCUCUCUCUCUCUUGCAUUAUUAUGUCUGCACUUUCUUUACCCCAUUUCUAUUUCUUCCUCUUCCUCCUCUUCCUCCUCACUUCAUCAUUCUUCACCGCUACUGUUUUCUCCAUUGACCCACAAAUCCAAGCUUUACUAAAAUGGAAAAACACCCUAGACGACCCAAACCCACUCCACUCAUGGAACCCAACUGACCUCACACCCUGCAACUGGUUCGGAAUUCAAUGCGAUUCCAAUUCCCAAGUUACAAAACUCAUCUUGAAAUCAAUCAACUUAAACUCAGCUUCCUUACCAUCAACCUUUCAACCACUCACCUCAUUAAACACUCUAAUCCUCUCCUCCACAAACCUCACCGGAAAUAUCCCACCCCAAUUCUCCCAAUACACAAACCUAACCCUACUCGACUUAACCCACAACUCAAUCACCGGUUCAAUCCCCUUCCAAAUCUGCACCUUACCAAACUUACAAACUUUAUUACUCAACACAAACUCCCUCCAAGGUAACAUUCCAUCUGAUAUCGGAAACAUGUCUACUUUGAAAACACUCACUCUACACGACAAUCAAUUAACAGGCCAGAUUCCAACCACCAUUGGGAAAUUAACCAAUUUGGAAACUUUCAGAGCAGGUGGGAAUAAGAACUUGAAUGGCCAGUUGCCGAUUGAAAUCGGCAACUGCACUAAUCUGAUCAUGUUAGGCUUGGCCGAAACUUCCAUUUCAGGAAGCCUACCCAAAUCAAUCGGAAACCUAAAGAAGAUUCAAACGAUAUCCAUUUACGCUACAAUGCUCUCCGGCUCAAUACCGGAGGAGAUCGGAAACUGCACCGAGCUUACGGAUUUAAACCUUUACAAGAAUUUGAUAUCGGGAUCGAUCCCGAUAUCGAUCGGGAGGCUGAGGAAGCUUCAGAGCAUACUUCUAUGGAAGAAUUCGAUUGUGGGUGCGAUUCCGGAUGAGAUUGGCGGUUGUAAAGAGUUGACAGAUGUGGAUUUUUCGGAGAAUUUUCUGACGGGGAAUAUUCCGACUAUUUUUGGAAGUUUAUCUAAGCUUGAAGCUCUUCAAUUGAGUCGUAAUCAGCUUACAGGUAUUAUACCUCAUGAAAUUUGUAAUUGUUUGGGUAUGACUUAUUUAGAGGUAGACAAGAAUAAUAUUUCCGGGGAAAUUCCUUAUGAGAUCGGGAAGCUUAAGAGAUUGUUUCUGUUCUACGCCUGGCAUAACAAGUUGACGGGAAAGAUCCCGGAUUCAAUUUCUCAAUGCGAGAAUCUGCAAUUUUUAGAUAUUUCAGACAAUAAUCUAUCCGGUUCAAUCCCCAAGGGGAUUUUCUCGUUACAGAAUCUGACCCAUGUUAUGAUUGAAGAGAACGAUUUCUCGGGCUCCUUGCCGCCGGAUAUUGGAAACUGCGCCAAUCUGUAUAGGUUUAGGAUUAACCUGAAUCGUUUGUCCGGUCCUAUUCCGUUGGAGAUUGGGAAUUUGAAAAACUUAAACUUUCUCGAUAUGGGUGAUAAUCGUUUCUCGGGUGAGAUUCCUGAUUCGUUAUUUGGGUGUGAGAAUCUCGAAUUACUUGAUCUCCAUUCGAAUUCACUUUCGGGUUCUUUACCCACUUCGUUUCCGAAACGGUUGCAGGUAAUCUAUAUAUCAGACAAUCGUCUCUCCGGUGUUGUGAAUCAUAAUAUCGGCUUGUUAUCAGAAUUGUCAAAAUUGAAUCUUGAAAAUAAUCAGCUCUCUGGGAGAAUCCCAUCCGAGAUUGUUAAUUGCAACAAGUUGCAAUUGUUAAACCUCGGAAACAAUCGAUUUUCGGGUGAUAUUCCGAAAGAAUUGGGUCAACUCCCAUCGCUCGAGAUCUCUCUUAAUCUAUGCGGCAAUCAGUUAACAGGACCAAUCCCGGGUGAAUUCUCGGGCUUGACUAAACUAGGAAUCCUCGAUCUAUCCCGGAACAAUCUUAAUGGAAACCUCGAUGUUUUGACCCAUCUUGAGAACCUUGUUUCCCUCAACGUAUCGUUCAAUGACUUCUCCGGCGAAUUACCCAAAACAUCGUUCUUCAUGAAUCUACCCAUGACCGAUCUGGCUGGAAACCGUGACCUUAAAAUCUCAAAUGGUUUCGUAGCUCCUACUGACCGUGCAUGGUCAGUAACGAAGCUGGCUAUAACAAUCCUAAGUAGCUUAAGUGUGGUUCUCGUUCUCCUAGGAAUCUACAUGUUGGUCAGAACUCGAGUGACCGACGAGACCAGGGAGAACAAUGACUCCUGGGAACUAACGUUAUACCAAAAGAUGGAAUUAUCGAUUGAAUACGUUCUUAGGAACAUGACCUCUGAUAAUGUGAUUGGAACAGGAGGGUCGGGAGUUGUGUAUAGGGUGAUGGUCCCGAAUGGCGAAACGCUUGCAGUGAAGAAGGUGUGGUUAGAUGAACCGGUUGGAGUAUUUGAGUCGGAAAUUCGGGCUCUUGGGUCAAUUCGGCAUCGGAAUAUAGUUAGGUUAUUAGGAUGGGCUUCGAACUCGAGUACGAAACUUCUGUUCUAUGAUUAUCAACCAAAUGGAACUUUGAGUUCACUUCUUCAUGGAGGUGGAAAGGUUGGGGGAGACGAAUGGGAGUCUAGACUUGAAAUCAUAUUGGGUGUAGCCCAUGCAUUAGCUUACUUGCACUACGAUUGUGUUCCGUCGAUAAUUCACGGCGAUGUGAAAGCCAUGAAUGUGCUUUUGGGUCAUCGGUUUGAGCCGUAUCUGGCUGAUUUCGGGCUAGCUAGAACCGUCAACGAUGGUUUGUUUAUACCGAAUCAGAAACCUCAACUAGCUGGCUCCUAUGGCUACAUGGCUCCAGAACAUGCUUCAAUGCAGAGGAUCACAGAGAAGAGCGAUGUCUACAGUUUCGGAGUUGUCCUUCUGGAAGUCUUAACAGGACGACACCCACUAGAUCCGACUCUUCCUGGAGGAGUCCACCUGGUUCAGUGGGUACGCGAUUAUUUGCAGAGCAAACAGGACCCUAUCAACAUUCUAGACCAGAAGCUAAGAGGAAGAGCCGAAACACAAAUGCAUGAAAUGCUACAGACAUUGGCUGCUUCUUUCCUAUGCCUCAGCACCAGAGCACAGGACCGGCCUACCAUGAAAGACAUUGUCGCAAUGCUCACAGAAAUCCGACAUGAGAAAAGUCCAGAAGCUGAUCUGUUGAAGAAGAAGAAGAAGAUCGAUGGGAGCUUGUCUGCUCCUCCUCCUCCAACAAGGAAGAUGGUUUUCAAUGUGGGAUCUUCUAACUGCUCGUUUUCUUUCUCAGACGAGUCGUCGUAGUCUGAGGAAGGCCCUAAUACUGUAACU